AUGUCUAUCGAAGCAGGACCCCCAGCGACCGUCAACGGCACCGGCUCCGAAGUAUUCCCAUCCAAGCAGUGGACGCGAGUACUCGAAGCCCUCUAUUCAGAAUCCGUCCUAGCAAAGGUCUGGUUCGUCGCAAGCAAGGCGAUGGGUAGUACAAAACCUCCAACUUUAUACCCCGAAUACACUGGCGAAGACAAAACUACAUACAUCUACCGAACCCUCGACUUCUGGACAUCCGGGUUCUUCCCAGGCUCUUUAUAUCUUCUUCUAGAGCGAAGCACCCUCUUCCGCGACCGGAAUCCUGCUCCCCAAAUCACGCAAGCAAACAGCGAGUCUGUUCUCCGCCCCCAUCCCCUCCAACACGAGUACCUCUGCCGCUGGUGGACAGCCAACCUGCACCAAAAUGCCCUUCGUAAGGAUACCCAUGACCUAGGCUUCAUGGUCACCCCCUGGGCGAUGAAAGCGUGGACCCUGCAUCGAGACCCAGCAGCAUACAACACCCUCGUACUAGCAGCCCACUCCCUUGCUAGCCGCUUCAGCGAAUCAACCCAGUGUAUCCGUAGCUGGGAUCAGUGUAUCACGAAGCGCUAUGCAUACAAAGACCCGUCGCAGGACUUUCUAGUUAUUAUCGAUAACAUGUUGAAUCUGGAUAUGCUGUUCUGGGUGGCGAGGGAAACAGAUUGUCCGAGGCUAUAUGACAUAGCUAGGGCGCAUGCAAUCACCACGCAGAAGCAUCACAUCCGAGAUGACCGUACGACCUUCCACGUGGUCAAUCUGGAUCCCAAAACCGGAGCAGUCAAGUCGAAGUUCACGAACCAGGGAUACAGUGAUAGUAGCUGCUGGGCACGGGGCCAGGCAUGGGGGAUUCUGGGGUUUGUGCAGACCUUCGGGUGGACACAGGAGACGGAAUUCCUUCGCACUGCUAGAGCGCUGGCGGAUGUAUUUCUUGGGAGAUUGCCGGAUGAUGGCGUCCCGUAUUGGGAUUUCGAUGCACCUGUUAAUGACACCUCACCACGGGAUACUUCUGCUGCCAUGAUCGCCGCUUGUGGAAUGCUGUUGCUUUGUAAGGCAUAUAAGAAGUUGCAAGAUACUGACGCAGCUAAUUACUACCUUCGGGCCGCGAUGACGCUGGUUGAUUGUACGGUCGGAGGGUAUCUAAAUCAACCUAUGCGUUUCGAAACUGGCCCUUCGUUGGAGGUGCCCAUCUACGCUGACCAGUGUUCGACCCAUCAGACUGAGACUUGCAAAGCCUUUGAAGCAAUAAAGGUUAGCGACGGGAACGUCUCUGAAACCAUCCUGACGGGAGCGACGAUCAAUAAUUAUGAGUUUGCUCCUCGGAGGUGGUCGAAUCACGGACUUGUAUAUGCUGAUUAUUAUUUCUUGCUUUUUGGAAACAUGCUUCUUGAGAUGGACUUUGUUGAUGAUUUUAAGAAAAGGUAG